AGUUUCUUUACACAGGGUAGAGGGUAGCGUCUCUAGCCGGGGCGGAAGACCCCAGAAGGCACGUAAUCCCGUUUGCCCCUCCCAUUUAACCGGGCAGCAUCUGCCCUUCUGUUUCAGAGGCCCCGCCCUCUGGAUGACGCAGCACCAUCUUCGCGCAUGCUCGGUGUCUCCAGAUGGGCUGUGUUUUCCUUUCCGCUCAGUGCUGCUGAAGCAAUUAUCUGCGGGGUCGGUAAAGGAUCGUUGCCUCCCGGGUUGGAAUCGAAAAAAGGUCGGGGGGCCGGGGAUCGGGAUCGGUACCCAGUUAUCUGUGCUCGUCAGAAAUGUGUUGGCUUCACUGAAUCUGCAUUAAACGAUCCAAACCAGGAGCCCAGGCUGUGUAUUUUCGCAGAAUUGACAUGGAAAUCCCGCCAAAAGGUCACGUGAGGCUGUGCCACAGAUCUGCUCCGCUCUCCGCUUAGUGACGCAAGAUCACGUGGUGGGCGCGCAUAGUCCGUGGAUCGAUGCAAGUGAUUUAUUAGAAGAAAAACCCACAACUAGAAGUAAACCACAACUGAAGACGAGGGAACAGCAACAAGUGAACCAGCCCAAGGACUGAAAGCACCAACUGGAGAGAACCCUUCUGACUCAGUUUCCAUUGAUUCUCUCAGGGAGAGUUUGGGCAUCACCAUCGGGGAAGUUUCCUGCACCGGGACCAAAGUGUAAACAAAAAGACGACAAUCAACAAUCAUCAGUCAGAAUCAGAAUGGACAUAGGUGGGAAUUUAAAUCGAGUAUGGAAGGGAGUCAAGAGAUUUUUACCAGGUAACCCAUCCAGGGAAAAUGAUCGGUACACAGGAAGCAAGGUACCAAAGCAGGGUUGCAUUGAGAGCAAUGUCCCAAUUGAAUGCAGUCCGAACCAAAGUCAACCCACAGACAGUGGUGUCAGAGACACCGAUCAGGACCCUGGAACCAGCACAAGUGAGGCGACUGCCCAUCAGCUCGAAAUCUCACUGAACACAGAAUUGUCAAGUCCCCAACAAAGAGCAGAGCCAGAAUUUACAAUCUCUGACCUCCUGGCACAGUGGGGGGAGUAUCGACUGUACCAACUGACAAAGUUCUACAAGGACAGACUGGAACAAGCAAUUGAAGAAAAGGUUGAGAGACUCGGUUGGAUGUUGACAAAGGAGGGACAUUUCAGUAGGGAAGAAAAUGAGAAAGUCACUGAACUGACAGAGAGGGGAAAUCGGACAGCGAGUUCCAGACUCUUCCUCAGUUUGGUGAUGGGCAAAGGAUCCCAGGCCCGGAGGGCAAUGUGGGAAUCCUUUGUGACAUGGAGGACUGAGUUACCAAAGUUGGACAGAAUUCUGAGGGAAAUACAGGAGCUCGGUCCUGAUCCACAGGAAUACAUGAACAUUGCCCAAGGGUUAUCUGAGCUACCCACUUAUCUGAUAGAUGUUCAACAGAAACACAAGGAGACUCUGCGGGAACAAACUGAAACACUGAGAGUGAACACGAUCCUGAUCACAGAGAAGGUGAAGGUUUUCCAGCUGGUUGAUCGAUACGCUGAGCUCACGGUCAUUUCUACUGUUCGAGAUCGGACACUGGUGGAACAUGAACUGCUGGCAAGAGGUAGACACCAUGAAGAAUUGAGAGCGAAACAUCUCCGCAGAAAGCUGGAAAAAAUCAGGACUGAUCAGUUGUUCCAGAGCAGCUUUUCCCGGAGUAAAUCCAAAUCUGGGAGUUCGGCAGCAGUGGCCGGAGUCCCAGGAAUCGGAAAAACAACAAUGGUUCAAAAGAUUGUUUAUGAUUGGGCCACAGGGAAAAUAUACCAACAAUUCCAGUUCAUCUUCAGUUUCAAAUUCCGGGAUUUAAAUGCCAUUAACUGUCGAAUAAACCUGAAGGAACUGAUUCUGGAUCGAUAUCCUUACUUUGGGAAUACCCUGAGAGAGGUUUGGAAGAAUCCAGAGGGAUUGUUGUUUAUAUUUGAUGGUUUGGAUGAAUUCAAUGACAAAAUUGAUUUUGCUGGCAGUCGGAGAGACACAUGCACAGAUCCUGAAUUCAAGUGCAAGGUGUCUGAGAUUGUAUACAGUUUAAUCCAGCACAAGCUGCUCCCAGGGUGUUCAGUGCUGGUGACUACCCGUCCCACUGCAUUGCAUUUAUUGGAAAAAGCAGAGAUCAGUGUCCGGGCUGAAAUCCUGGGAUUUGUUGGUGAGGAACGGAAGGAAUACUUCUUCAGGCAUUUUGAAGAUCAGACGGUGGCGGAAGCUGUUUUCAAAUACAUGCAGGAGAACGAGAUCCUGUAUACCAUGAGCUACAACCCCUCCUACUGCUGGAUCCUUGCUCUGACACUGGGUCCCUUCUUUACACAAAGAGUCAGGGACCCACAGCGAGUUCCCAAGACCAUCACCCAACUGUACUCCUACUAUAUUUACAACAUCCUGAAAAACCACAGCCGUGCGAUUGAGAACCCCCGUGAUGUGUUACUCAGGGUUGGUCAGAUGGCCUUCAGAGGAGUGUUCGAUAAGAAGAUAAUAUUUACAGAUGGAGAUUUGAUCAACUACAACCUGCAGCCUUCCCAGUUCCUGUCUGGGUUCCUGAUGGAACUUCUGGAGAGAGAGGAUUCUGCCCAGUGUGUGGUGUACACAUUCCCACACCUCACCAUCCAGGAGUUUGUAGCUGCAGUCGCACAAUUCCUGAAUCCUCAUCCCGGGGAUAUCCUGAAAUUCCUCACUGAAGCUCACAACGCUACGGAUGGGCGAUUUGAGGUAUUUCUCCGUUUUGUUGCUGGUCUCUCCAACCCAAUGACAGCUCGGGGCCUGGAGGAGUUUCUGGGUCGAUUUCCUCAUGAAACAAUCUGCCGGGUGAUUGACUGGGUGAAGGCGGAGGUUAAACGCCAGAGUGGAAACACAAGAAGUCAAUCUGGUAAAAGGAGGCUCCUAAACACAUUGCACUACCUGUUUGAGUCUCAGAAUCAUGGACUGGCUAAGGCCACACUGGGAUCCAUGAAAACACUUAAAUUCUGUGAAAUGACACUGACCCCGAUUGACUGUGCGGUCCUGUCUCAUGUCAUCAGACUCUGUGAUAGAAUAAAACUCCUCGACCUGUGGGGCUGCCGCAUUCAGUAUGAAGGAAUCCAGCGGCUGGGACCCGGGCUUCACAAGUGCCAGGAGUUGAGAUUUGGGGGCAAUAAACUGGGAGAUUCAGGAGUGAAACUGGUGUCUGAGGCUCUGAGGAACCCGGAGUGUAAAAUACAGAAACUGUGGCUGAGUGAGGUCGGUCUCACAGAUUCUGGUGCCAAAGAUUUCGCCUCCGCUCUCAGUACAAAUCCAAUACUGACGGAGCUGAUCCUGAGUGCUAAUGAGCUGGGAGAUUCAGGAGUGAAACUGGUUUCUUCGGCUUUGAGGAACCGGGGGUGUAAAAUACAGAAACUGGUGCUGAUCGAUGUCGGACUCACAGAUUCUGGUGCCGAGGAUCUUGUCUCCGCUCUCAGCCGAAACACAUCACUGACAGAGCUGGACCUGGGAAGAAACUCGCUCACAGACCGAUCUGUCCCCACUCUCCGGUGCCUCGUACUGACUCUCCCGAGUCUGAAGCGGAUCGGGCUGGCGUACAAUCGGUUCACUUGUACCGGGCAGAAGGAACUGAGAUCUCUGCAGGAACCCAGACCCGAACUGACUGUGAUCUUGUGAGCAAAUGAAUGUGUGAACACCCCUGCCUGCAGGAUGGGGACAUUUUGCUGAUUCCCUACCCUCCCCUUUAACUCCCACUGUCCCCUUUAGCUCCCACCCUUACCUUUAAUAGCCACGCGCCAGGUUUAAGUCCCAACGAUUUUUACAGAACUGGCUCCAGUCCCACGGCCCACAACAUUGCAAGUGAUCCCAGUCCCGCAGUGACGUAUUUCCACCUCCUGUCCGGCGGUGCUGCUUCCGCCGGAUGUUCACGUUCGAGACUCCCGCACCUGACCCGGGGAAUUACGCGGGGAUGGUGGGUUUCAGUCUGGGACACCAUUGAUGACGUUAAGAAAUCCCUCGACUUUAUCCGUGAAGAGGUGAGUACACUGAAGUCUGAUGUCAUGCAGAUUAAAGGGACUUGCACGGACCACGAGAAGAGAAUUGAGACUUUGGAGCUGAGGCUGAAUGAGGCCAAGUGUUAUCAGAGAAGUUGCAAUCUGAGAAUCCAUGACAUUCCAGAGCAAACGGAUAAGAUAUUAAAAAUAAAGUAACUCAUAUAUGCCAAGCAGUAGCUCCUCAGUCCAAGGAGGAGAUUCUACUACAAGUGGAUGUUGUACAUCGUCUCGGUAGGAGAAGAGGGGAUAAGAAUCCUCGGCUGACCAUUAUUCGAUUUCAAACAGAACCAUGAUGAUCUGGCAUGGAAACAAGCCAGAAAUAUGAAUACUUGCUCUCGCAGAGCCUGCGGAUUGCUGAGGACCUGACUGCAGCUGAGCAGUUGGCCCGACAGAAGCUGUGGCUGCUAGUCGAGGCGGCUGGAAAAGAUGGGAAGCAUGCUUUCUUUGCUGAGACCCGAGCUUUCAUUAAUGCAGAGAUACAAACAGAACAUGUUGGUCUGGCAGCUGGUCUACUACCUCUACUAAUAUUUGAGUCUGGUCUUUGUUUAUGUAGGACUGGGAUAGUUCUUUAAUUAUUAGAGAUGAAGAAUUCUUUUCAUCUCUCAUAAGACUGUCUUUUUCACUUUUUUCUCUUAUUACCAGGGGUCUUAGACACAAUGUUAAAUGUAAGGCUUUAUUCUUUUUCUUAAAGCAGCAUAAACAUAUGGACUUCUUUUUAAUCUAAGAGUCACACUCUGUGACUAAAGACAUUAAACUAUGGAAAUCCUGGUGGGGGAACGAUGUUUGGUUUUCACAUGGUUCUGGACAUUCUGCAGGUGUUCUUAUUCUGAUGUUUAAUUUGAAAGGGAAUGUUUUGCACUCUGAGGUGGAUAUGAAUUGACAUUUUUAUGUUCAGAUUGUUCAAUAUUUUGGUAAAAUGUUUCUUAUUGCUAAUAUUUAUGGUCAUAAUAUUAGAAAUGAUAAUGAUGGAUUACUUGAGAUUUUGGAAAGAAGUUUUGAUUAUUGGCUCUCUAAAUUUCCUGAUGCACUUAUUGUUACGGGAGGAGACCUUAAUAAGGUAUUAAAUGAAAAUAUUGAUCGAUGGCCACCAAGGCAGUGCUCUACUUAUAAUAACUUUACUAGCUUUAUUCAGAAGGUUAAUGUGAUAAAUAUUUGGAGAGAGCACUUUCCUGGAUUUAGAAAUUAUACUUGGACUAAUAAAUCUAUUACAUGCAUGUCUCGUCUAGAUUAAUGGUUACUAUCCGAUACCUUAAGAAAUAAUAAUGUCACUUUUAUUUUUUCCCCUCACCUUUAACAGAUCAUAAAGCUAUCCACAUACAAACUGCAUUAUCUUCAUCUGAAUCCAAUUUGAAAUCUUAUUGGAAAUUAAAUAAUUCCAUUUUGGGGCAUGAAGUUGUCUCCUUGCACAUUAAAAUGUUGGCAACCUACUUUUUGCUAAAGCGAUGGGAGAGAAUAAUUUCUCUACAAAUUGGCAACUUUUAAAAUUUGAAUCAGCCAAAUUCUUUAGGAAAUACAGUAGUGAUAUAGCAAAGAAAAGGCAAUUGGAAGUACAAUUAUUGAUCGCAAAAACAGCAAAUUUAUGUGAAUUGUUUCCAGAUAACCUUUCAGGGAGAGAUAAAGCAGAGCUGGCUUUGUUAAAGGAUCAGUUAAGCCAUUUUUAUUUUAUAAAGGCAGAAGGUGCAUGUGUGAGAUCUAGAAAACAAUGGCUGGAAGAGGGUGAACAAAGUACAGCUUAUUUCUUUCAUUUCGGAAAACAGCGUGCCCAAUUCAAUUCCAUUCAGCUUAAUAUUGAUGGUGUGAUUACAGAGGACUUUUAAAAAAAAAUAGCAAAAUAUUGUUGUUUUUAUAGUAUUUUGUAUAGCUCAAAAUGUUGUGAAUCAUCUACACUACAUUUCAUAAAUGAUAUUGGUAUUCUUAGGAACCUGUCCAAUGAUCAGAAAGACCUGUGUGAUGCUUUUAUUACCUUGGGAGAAGUUAAGGCUGUCAUUUUAAAUUUAAAAAACAAUGAGUCGCCAUGUGUGGAUGGCCUGACUGCAGAAUUUUAUAAGAUGCUUUCUGACACCUUAGCCCAUUUUUACUAAAAUAAUUUUACUAAAAUUAUUUUUAGAAUGUGUUGAUAAAGAAUUUCUUCCUACUUCUAUAACACAGGGCCUUAUUAGUUUAAUUCCUAAACUGAGAAAAGAUAAAUAUUUAUAGAUAAUUGGCGUCCUAUUUGCCUUCUCAUAGUGAUUAUAUAAUUCUGGCCCAAAUCUUUGUUGCUUCUAUUCCUAUGGCUGUUAGUCUUUGGAAUAGUUGCUUUGGGAAUCUGAGGUGGAUGAUUAUUUGGAGCUUAUUCAUUUUUUUUUACUGAGGAAUAAAAUUAAAGAAAUUUCCUUUGAAGUUAUCCAUAAAUAUUAUCCAACCAAUGUUUAUUUGAUAAGGUUUAGUUCUGAUAUUGAAGCUAACUGUUCUUUUUGUGGCUUAUGUAUAUCCAGAGGAUUUAUUUCAUCUGUUUUGGGAUUGUGAAUAUGUUUAAACAUUUUGGGUUGAUGUUUGUCAAUUUAUAGAGCAAUGUAUUAAUGUGGAUUUUACUUUCCGUUUUGAAAAUGUUUUAUUUGGGUUUAUUAAUAAUACCAAGUCACAUAUAGAUCAUGUCUUUAUCAUAAAUCUUUUGUUAAUUUACAGUAAAAUUUAUAUCCAUAAAUGCAAAUACAGCAAUAAGAAACCUUCAUUUAUAUUUUUUAUGUCAGACUUCAAGCUAUACAUUCAUACUCUUAAAAACUUCCCACGUCCAGGAAGCUGUAGAGACUAGACAAAUUUAUCAACGUUUCGGGUUAUUACUUAAGUGCUUUUAUUUUGAGACUCCUUUUAGAUAUAGUUCCUGCUGUCCAACAGUAUUUAGAGUGGAUUUUCUUUUUUAUUUGUAAUUUUAAAGUUAAUGUGUUGCUGUUUAUGUGUGAUGCCCUGGCUUUGUUAGCAUAUGUUCAGUGUUCUUGUCUUUGUAUUCAAUAAACAUAUUUUUAUUAAAACUGCU